AAGUAAGUGGCUGAAUCAUACACAGGUAACUCAGAAAAAAUAGCGAGGUAGAAAAAAAAUUCUGGGCUUGUCAUGGAGUUCGCGUGAAAGAAAACAGGGAUUUUUUCCAAUUUUCUUUACCAGUUAAACCAGUAUCUCUGGAUAGAACACGCUCAAGUACUUGAUCAGGUAGAGUCUUUGGUCGAAAUCUCUUUCGUGUCCUCUUGAAAAUAAUCUUUCUUUCCCCCUAUUCGUUUACUUGACUUCAAUUGAAUUUCCAGACCUUUUGUUUGCUUCUCUUAUCACUGGAAAAAGGUGGACCUCGUGUUAUUUUUAUUUCAUCUUUGCUUUUAAUUGUAGUUUUUACCCUUGUGGUCCCUGAUGGCUUCGCACAGUGAUACUCUGGUGGUGUUCUUUGGGGCAACAGCUGGUGCAAAUGGGGGUAAACUGGGUUCGGAUGAGAGGGAAAUAAUUCUCUUGGUGUGGCAAAUUGUGGAUCUACAUGAGAAAAAGGUUGGGAAACUUCAGAGACGUCUUGUGAAGCCCGACUCUUUGGAGUUGACAGACCAGAGUAAAGAGGAGACUGGACUGUCUGUGGACGAACUCUACAAGGCUGAACCUCUGGACAAAGUUCUGCAACAGUUCCAGCAGUCCGUCUCAGCGGAGUUGAAGGCUCUGGGCAGAAGCUCCUACACACUGUGUGUCGACGGGCCCCUCAUCAUACGACAGGCCCUUCACCCUGAGGCCUCCAAGAAGAACCUGGUCCUGCCGGAGUGUUUCUACUCCUUUGUGGAUGUGAGGAAAGAGUUUCACAAAUGUUGUCCCAAUGCUGGACAGGUCCAGGACCUAACGCUGCCCUCUAUCCUAGAAUAUGUGUGCAUCCCAGAACUUCCCCUGUCAGAGCAGGUGAUGGGGCUGAAGGAGGUGAGGUGUAUGGUCCAGCUCACCCUGCACAUCCUGGCUGAGCCAUACAACCACAAAUUCUCAUGCUUUGAAGCUGUGAAGUACAAGCUUGAAUCGGGAGCAUGCAGUAAGACCGAACCAGUGGACAGUGAGACAGUGAUCAGAGCCAGGGGGUUGCCAUGGCAAUCCUCUGACCAGGACAUCGCCCGCUUCUUCAAGGGCCUCAACAUCGCCAAGGGUGGUGUGGCCCUCUGUCUGAACGCCCAGGGCAGGAGGAACGGUGAAGCCCUGGUUCGGUUCAUCAACCAGGAGCACAGAGACCUGGCCCUGGAGAGACACAAACACCACAUGGGCAGCAGAUACAUUGAGGUAUACAAAGCCACAGGAGAGGAAUUCCUCAAGAUCGCUGGAGGCACGUCCAACGAGGUGGCCCAGUUCCUGUCCAAGGAGAACCAGGUGAUCAUCAGGAUGAGGGGUCUUCCCUUCACCGCCUCUCCCCAGGACGUGUUGACCUUCCUGGGGACCGACAGCCCCGUGACGGACGCCAGCGACGGCCUACUCUUCGUAAAGUACCCUGACGGGCGGCCCACAGGCGAUGCCUUCGUCCUGUUCUCCUGUGAGGAGUACGCUCUGAACGCUCUGAAGAAACACAAGCAGAUCCUGGGCAAGAGAUACAUUGAGCUGUUCAGAAGCACUGCAGCGGAGGUCCAACAGGUCCUGAACCGUUACAUGUCCACCCCUCUGAUCUCCACGCUGCCCUCUUCCAUGGUCCCCAUGCCGGUCUUGGCCACGCCCCCCUACCUGGCAACUGGCAGCACGCGGGACUGUGUCCGUCUGCGAGGUCUACCCUACACCGCUGCUAUAGAGGAUAUACUGGAGUUCAUGGGAGAACACACUAUUGAUAUUAAACCACAUGGAGUUCAUAUGGUGCUCAACCAACAGGGUCGUCCCUCAGGUGAUGCCUUCAUUCAGAUGAGGUCAGCUGACAGGGCGUUCAUGGUGGCCCAGAAGUGCCACAAGAAGAUGAUGAAGGACCGCUAUGUGGAGGUGUUCCAGUGUUCUACUGAGGAGAUGAGCUUCGUCCUGAUGGGAGGAACACUCAACCGCAGCGGCCUGUCCCCUCCACCCUGCAAACUACCCUGUCUGGCUCCUCCAGCCUAUGCUGCGUUCCCUUCUCCUGCCAUGCUCUCUGAGGCUGCUCUGUACCAGCCCCCCCUACUGGCCACCCCCAGAACACCCCAGCCCCCACACAGCCCCCACCCCACCCCCACCCUGGCCUACUACCCCCCACAGCACCACCCUGCACAGCUCUACAUGAACAUGAACAUGAACUACACUGCAUACUACCCCAGCCCCCCAGUCUCUCCCUCCACGAUGAGCUACUUUGCGUCUCCUCCAGGGUCAGUAGCGUUAGCGGCCCAGCAGCCCCAUGCCCAAGGCCACAUUGCCUCUCCCAUGAUGCCCCAGCACGGCGCUCUAGUUAGGAUGCAGGGUCUGCCCUACAACGCCGGGGUCAAAGACAUCCUCAGCUUCUUCCAGGGAUACCAGUACUCUCCUGAAGACUACAGCAGCAUGGUUCAGAUGAGUCAGGGACAGACCAGGAGUCUAAUCCAGCCCAAAGAGUGGCUCUGUCUGUAGGGAGACUUAGCUCCAGCCGGACGCCAUCCUCCUGUUGUACAACUUCAGCGGCCAGCGUAGCGGCGAGGCCCUGAUCACCUUCCCCAGCGAGGAGUCAGCCAGGCGGGCCGUGGCCGAGCGCGCCAACCACCCCCUGUCUGGUCUCCCCGUCCGCCUGUUGGUGUGCUGCGACUGACCUCCACCAGCUGACCGCGACCAUGGAGGGAGGAGUCGAGGACCGCAACCGCUGAUUCCGCUUCUCCCUCCUUGUCACUUCUUCUCCCUCCACUACUGAUACACACACACACACACACACACACACACACACACACACACACACACACACACACACACACACACACACACACACACACACACACACACACACCUCCCCGCAAACAAUCUGCCGACUCUCCUCCUUCUUAGCCUCUUUCUCAAACUCCCUCUCAACAUUCAUACACAGACUGACAGACACCUCUCCCCACAGCACUAGGUUGUACACAUAUUUAUAUAUGAUGCACAUCCUCGUUCCUGUGUCUGGCACAAAGUGCCUUGUGUGAAUACUUCCACAACAGCCACUGACGAUGCCAAUGAAAUGUACCACUCACCUAAAGCAUGAAACCACUUCUCCCCUUGUUUUAGCUAAAUGACCACUACAGCCCCACUAUAUGAGAUGUUCAUACCUUCAAAAUCCCUAUUCCCCUGUGUCUGGUUUGUCAGUCUGAAAACACUACUGUAUGUAGCCUACCGUGUGCAUGUCUGCAAAAAUGAUGUACUGUAUGCAUGCUAGUUGUAAAUGAUGUGCCUUCCAAUGCUGGGCUGUACAGUGUAAUAAUAGAUAAGAGCCAUAUAGACUGACUGGAACUGAAACUACUACUGUAGUGGAUAGAAGGGAAAUCAGACGCUCCUUCCACUACUCCCUUUUGUAAAACUAGAAAAGACAAGGCCACUAUGUACAGUAGUGAGAUCGACAGUAACAUGCUGGAUGCUGAGCUUAAUGACAGCUACUUGUGUAACAGUGUUUGUUUCUGCUGUGAAAGCAUUUGUAUGGCAUGCCAUUCUAUUUAGAAUAAUAUGUUCAAGCACUCUUUGUCUUUGUUACAAUCAGACUAGGCUAAGGCUCAAGUAGCCGAAGUCUCAUUUAGUUCUGUAGUAUACUAGCAUGACAAAUAUUGUUUUUUUUUGUUUAAUCCCCAAAAACUCUAACUAAAAUUUAGAUUUAUUUAAAUGUGAAAAGAGUUGGCUGUGUGUCUACAUGAUCUUUAAGCAAUAUCCUUUAUCCCUAAAGAGAGUAGAUCUCUGUGCCAUCUGUUUUCUUCCAGACUAUAUUUUAUAGAAAACCGUCUUCUGCAGCAUGCUUUCCAUUCUCCCUUGUUUUUGGACUGUCAAACUGUGUAAAAAAAAAUAUAAUAAAAUGAAAUAAAAAUAUAUAUGUAUAACGCCGAAUGAGUUGUUCAUGUGACUGGGCUGCUGAGAACACUAGUGUCUGGUUUCUCGUUUUCGCUGUGCCUAUAUUACCCAGAGUGCAAUAGCAGCCCCCUCUGUGGCUUGGCUGACCUCUGGUGGCUGAUGAACAUUUUUUGUUUCUUUUAAGCAAGUUUGAGACUUGACUUGUAUGAAUUUAACUACUGUAUGUGUAUAUAACUGUUUGAAUAAAUAAAUUAAACUUUA